GCACUUGUGGGUUACUUUGGUAAGGUGUGGAGCUGAAUACCCAGUGGAAAUGCACACUUUGGAGUGGAUUACAACACGAGGUUUUAAAGAAAAGAAAUAUGCAUAGAAGAAUGCUGUAGGACUGCUGCAGAUACCUAAAGAAGAAUGUUGGCUCUUGGAUGGUCCUUCUGGUGUAUUUUACUGAGUCUACACAUGCCAGUUCAUGGCUUGGAGAUUUUUGAACAUGACAGCCACGAAGUCAUUUGCUCUCAGGGUCUCUCUAAAUGCAAGAUGAAAGAUGAGAUGCCUGUUAAUCCCAGCAAAAACACUGUGGAUGUUCAGACACUAAAACCAGAUUUUAAGCUCUGCUGUACGAACAAGACAGCAUGUGCAUUAUGUUUGGUGAUAGACAUAGAGUUUAACAUCGAUCCAGAUGAAGACAUGGAGGACCAAGGCUCCUCUGGCUCAGAAAUGGAAGAAUACAGAGAAGACAAGAUCACUUCAAAAGGGUCAUUGACAGUAUGUUAUUGCACAGAAGCGUCCAUGCCAAAGUGCAAGAAGGUGGUGUUUACAGUGAAUCAUGAAGCUCUUACUCAACAAAACCAGCUAAAGAUCUCAGUGGUGAUUACUCAGUCAGAUGGCUUUCCCUUUGAAAUCUCCCUGAUUGUCCGUAGCUCAAGUAUAACUGAAAGGGUUGCUGCUCCUUCUUUUAAUGAAGUGUGCUCCCAGGAACUGCAGAAAACUUUACCAGAGUGUCAAGUGCCCAAAUUCACAUAUGCAGUAAACUCAAAGAUGAAUCAAGUGGAGCUGCAGUUUGAAGACGGGAAUAAGAUCCCCCCCUCGAUGUGCAUCCAGUACGAGCAGAAGGGAAGGUGUCAGAGUUGGAACAGGAUGACCAUACCACUGUACUCCGUAACCCGCUGCAUGUGUCUCCAGCUGUGGUACGAGGAUGGACAAAGGUCUACACGGUCACUACAAUGCCCCUUCAAUAAAUCUGAUUCUCUAAAUGAAUCACAAAAGAACAUAUGGGAAAAUAUCACCGUGUCAAAGCCCCAUGUACAAAUGACCAGCUUUGGAGAAAUGUUAUCCUGGAACGUGUCUGCACCUUGCAGGCUGGAUGGUAAAGUGUGGCUGCUUAAGAAACACAUUCGAUGCAGGAGUGACUUCAGCCAACAGCUGGAAAAUGGCACUGCAUGGAAACAAAACAUCAAGGGACUCUGGGUGAACACAUUUGUGUUUGAAAAUGUACCCCUCCGGCCCUUGCCGUGUUUAAUGAUGAGAGUAAAGGGAAUGGAACAUGACCUAGGUCCAUUUUGUUUUGAUGACAAUGUUGCAGCUGGCAGGUGGCGCUGGAGUCUCCUAGCCACUGCUGUUAUGCUGCUGGCUUUCAUUACUGUGCUGUUGUUAUGGUCCUUUCAUAAAUCUAUCAAGGGAUGGGUGUGGAGCUGGCAACACGGUGGGAUAGUAAAAAUUGGUAAGAUGCGUCAUGUUGUCCUGCUGAGUCCCCCAGACGUGGAUGAUGCCACUUCUAAGUUGGUGUGUCAGAUCGGGUCCACCCUCAGCGACAAGGGCUUCAGUGUGUCUGUCGACCAGUGGAGCAGGAGGGAGCAGUGUAAUUGGGGGCCUCUGCCAUGGCUGCAUUCACAGCUGCUGGAGCUUAACAGCCUGGGUGGCCGAGUUCUGCUGUUUCUGACACGUAGAGCCUUGGAGAGAACCGAAGAAUGGAUGCACUGGAACAAAGAUAUUAUCAACGAAAGCAUGGGGUACAAAGAAAAUGAUCUACCAAAGCUGUGGUCACCUUAUUCUGAUUUGUUCACAGCCUCCCUGUUCCUCAUUCAAGCUGACAAGCUCCUUGAUAGAGCUGGUAAACGUUUCGUUCUGGUGAAAUUUGAUUCCCAUCCAAGAGAGACUCACACCAGAGACAGGUGUUUACCAGAGCUUCUUCAGGGGCUGCCACUGUUUAGUCUUCCCUCUCAGACUCAGUCUCUCCUAGCUGAGCUAACUGUGACAAAGACAGAGAGAGGAUCAUAUGGAGGAAGGUGAGGUACUCCAAUGGCUAAAAAGGGACCAAGACCAGCAAGAAGGCAUCAUCGUGUAAAUCUUUGAAAUCACCCAAAUGUACUUUAAUAAGCUGUAUUGCUUUUGUGUGUACAUGAAGAAUAUGUUCAUCAGAGUUGGCUGCCAUGAAGAUGAUAUGCUAAUGAAGAAUAAGACUCCCGACUCAGUGAUAAGUGAUACAAAUGCAAUCAACAAAUUCCAUACAGAAAUCAUAACCAAUAAUCUGUUGUUCUAAAUCUCCACAUACCUUCAAGCCUUAUUUUUUUUAAAAUCUGCUUAAGCAGAAGCAGCUGCUGUACCAGGACAGUGUAUACAAACUGACAGUAUAAACUAAGUCCUGACAUGUCUUGAGAGGAUUAUCUCUGUACAGAAAGACAACGGCAAAAAAUCUGGAUGAACUAAGGUUCACUGUUCAUUUUGGUCUUUUCGGGGAUUUUUUGAAAGUAAGAACGGUUAUAGUCUUAUUGUCAACGCUGCAAAACUGUAACUCCUACAGACUAAAAAUAACCGUGCACGGUAAGUCUGUCCACACCUGUCUAUAAAUAUAUUUGCCUCUGUUUUCGUUUUUUGUUUUUUGUUUUUUUGUUUGGUUUAAAAGCUAAAACACAUCGAGUUGUGAUUGGUCUUUGGAAGGACAGCGGCUCUUAUUGGGCCAGUGUAAGGACUUACUGAAGUACUUGUUAUAAGUAUUACCACAUUCCGUAAGAGCGGUGCCUUGGGACGAAUAUGUGCUCCGCCCGCGCGGGAGGUGUGGGUUAUUCUCUGCAACCGAACACAACGCAGCCAACAGCCGGGUCAUGUGUCAAGCGGGUCUGUCUUGGAUUCACUCCUUUUAAAGUUUACUGCCCGUUUCACCCUAUAGCAGCGCGAAGGUAACGAAUACUCUUCAUUUCAGAGUCAGUUUGUUGCUGGUCGUGUUGCCUGUUUUAGUGUCAGAUUUUCUGUCGGCUGAUAUAUUUUUUUUCAACGUGAAACAUGAAGAACCAGAGACUGGCAUCAAGGCUACUUUAUAUUUAGAAGCACGGUAACCGAGUACGUCCGGUUUCUUUUGGUUUUGUUUGUUUGUUUAUGUUAAUGUUCGUUUUUAUAUUGAACCAAACAGUGGUGGAACAAAUAAAUUAACUAAGAAUAAGUUAAUCUCCUUUAUAUGGAAAACCCUAAUUAGGGCGUGUUAAGCAAUGUAUUGUGUUAUCCCAGCCAAUACUGGAGGUUUUAUUUUUAGACUUUUUGGGAAGUAAAACAAAAUGUAUUAACUUUCUAGCUAACAAUUUCUAAAUAGCAACUUAAUAUUUUCUGCUCAAGUGUGGCGUAUACUUUGCUACAGCUGCAGAUAAUAUUGAGUACAAUGUAAACAAUGUAACCACUCUACUGGGCAAACUAGGUGAUGACAUCAUUUCUAAAUUACCACAAGCCUCUUUUUUCGGCAUUUAGUUCAGUAAAAAAUCAAUUAAAAAAAACAAAACAGUCAGAACAUAUAAGACAACAAAUACAUUUGAUAUGAUAUGUCUGUGAUGUUCCAGUAACUGUUGAUAA